AUGAGAAGGUUCAUAUUUGUCUUCUCGCAAGUACACGCUGGUUUCCGACAUGCUGAAAUGGAAAGUAUUUGCAAUUUGUACGGGAUUCCGUGUGACAACAACAUUUCAUUGCUUUGUAACCAGCAGCAUGUUUAUGUAUUCGAAUUUCCAUCUGUUGAUAAUGUGAUCUUAAUACUUUCACGAUCAGUUCUUAUAAAAACUGUGAUUCGGCCGACCAAUCUUUUGCCAUACGCAUACGGUCUAUCGGAAGAAAAUGCAACCGCAUUGCUCUUCAAAGAUAUUGGCAAAGCACUUGAUUUUAAGGAAUCUCCCGUAGAUUUGACUAGUCCAUGCAACACGUUUUAUGUUAUCGAAGAUUAUGGUUCAAAUUCACUUCAGAAACUUCAUUUUGGGAAACUGAUAGGAUGUGGCCAAGGUCAGUUAAAAAACGAUUACUCUUUGGCUGAUCGAUGUUACAUUGGUAAUACAACGAUAGAUCCGGAACUGUCAUUCCUUCAAGUUAAUAUAGCAAAAGUGGAUAUUGGAUCUCUUGUUCUUGAUCCAUUCUGUGGGACAGGUGGACUGUUGAUUGCUGCUGCUCAUUUUGGUGCUGCUGUUUUAGGAAGCGAGAUAAAUUAUCAAAUUGCCAGAGCUGUGGGUAGGUCGUCACGUGCUGGGGUCGAGUGCAACACAGCUAAGGAAUCGGUUGUUGCAAAUUUUCAACAGUAUGGAACAGAUGUUUAUUUUAUGGGUUUGGUGAUAGCAGAUUCUAGUCAGCACUUAUUAUGGCGCCCUGGCACACAUUCCGGCACUUUUCCUGUGUUUGAUGCAAUAAUCACCGAUCCACCUUAUGGAGUUAGAGAAAGGGGGCAGAAAGUUGGCAUCAAAGAAAAGAAGGAGUCAUGGAUAAUCAAAAAUGCUCAACAGUGA